AUUUGUUUGUUAUGAAAAGUAAAAACCAGUAUUUCAAAUUUAAAUUUUUAAAACAAAAAUCGUAAAUUAUAUACUUAAAGUUGUUUAAUAUAUUUCUAUUACCAAUACAUUAUAAUGAGAUAACUGUUGAAAACACUUGGUUUUUUUAAAAUAAAAUAAAAAAAUGGAAAAUAAAGAAGUUUCUGUUGAAAUAGUCACCAAUAAAAUAUAUUUCAUAGAAGAUGACAUGAAUAUUUCUUUCAAGUUUAUCAAUAAAUCUUUGAAACCAAAAUAUUCCGAUUGGAUUGCAUUAUAUAAAUGUAGCAGCAAUAGAAAUUUAGAAGAAUUUGUUGCAGUAGAAACUGAUUUAAAAAUUCACACACCGACAAAGUAUGGUUUUUAUCAAGUUAAAUUUUAUGCAAAUCAGUUGAAGAAUGUUAAAUGUAAUGUACCCUAUGAAUUUCUUUAUGGCAAUGAAUUUAAUGAGAUCUAUGGAAUAAGUCAUCAUAUACGUUUUAUUCAUCAAAAUGAAUGCAUCUAUUGUUAUCCUGAUAACUCAGAAUUAGAAACAAACCAUUGCAGUAGUUGUGUCUCACCGGAAUUAAUCAAUUCAUUAUUAUCUCAUAUUUCUAUUUUGGAUAGUCAAUUAACUGACUGUAAAGUAAAAUCUAAUGAGAUUAUAUCAUUGAAUAAGCGUUUAAUGGCUCAAAUGAAUGAGAAUGAAAUAAUUGUUCAAAAAAAUAAUGAAUUCUUGGAUGAUUUGUUUUAUUCUAAUGAACCUGUGACUAGAGAUGGAUAUAAGUGGAUUGAAACAUGUACUGAUAUCGAUUUAAAAAUGAGUUGUAUUGAAAGCAACGAAUAUGAGCUACAAGAUCUAUCAAAUCAACAUUAUGAUUUUAAAAAAGCAUUGGAAAAAUGCACUAAUAAAGAGGACAAUGAAGUUAAUGAUGUUCAGCCUCCUAACACUGAUACUGACAAGAUGCUAGAUUGUACAGUAAAUGUAGAAAGUGUGUUUACACCAGAGCCCUCUACAGCAACUAUUGUUUUUAUUGACAGUGAUGAAGAUGAUGUUUAAUUGCUUCAAUAUUGUCAUUAUUGAAAACAUCAAUAAGAAUUUAUAUUUAUAUUUUUUGUUUGAUAAAUGUUUAUUUAUUCUAAGCUUAAUGAGAUAAUUUUAUCUAUAUAAACUUGUU